AGCUUCAUUUAUAGUAAUUGUCAAGUUUUACUUCAGUGUUCCGUCCGAGUUACCGGCGUCUGCGUCAAGGUUAAUAACAAAUAAAAAGUCCGAAACGAAAAACACGCGCAACUUUUUUACUUUUUCGAGGAUCGUACGUGGACAUUCUAGAUAAACAAUUUUUCUUCUUCUUUGGCAGUGGUGUUUCGUGUUUCGUUGUAUUGCGGAUCUGAUAAGUUUGUUGUUGUGUCUGGUUUUUUAAAUAUUGAUAAGAAACUUUGAGGUUCUUCGAAGAAGGUUGAUUCCAUAUCAAUCUGGCCACAACGUUAUGAUCGACGAAAUUUUAUACUCAUUCAGCACCCUCAAUUACAUUAUCGUUAUCGUCAUCUUCUUGAUCUUUGGUUCCCGGCCGCCGUGGUGGAGCCGUAAGACCAUAGACUGGCUCAAAAAGGAAGUCCAAGAUAUUCCAGGUCCUCUAUCACUACCAUUCCUAGGUACAAGAUGGGUGUUCAGUUUCGGUGGGUACAGUUUCAACAAAAUCCACGAAUUUUAUGCGGACAUGUAUACGAAAUACGGACCGAUAGUUAAAGAAGAAGCGUUGUUUAAUAUACCUGUGAUAAGUGUCUUUGAAAAGGAAGAUAUAGAAAAAGUAUUAAAGAGUAGUGGGAAGUUUCCGAUUAGGCCACCGACAGAGGCUAUUGCGGAGUACAGAAGGAGUAGACCUGAUAGGUAUGCCAGCACCGGGUUGGUCAAUGAACAAGGUGCAACAUGGUACCAUUUAAGAACCUCAUUAACCACAGAUCUAACUAGUCCAAAAACUAUUUCCGGAUUUUUGCCCCAAGUAGAUGCAAUAUGCGAAGAUUUCUGCAGUUUAAUAAGGCAGCAACGUCAAAAAGAUGACACGAUUAUAGAUUUGGAGGAUGUUGCAGGUAGAAUGGGUUUAGAGACAUCAUGUGCUUUGGUUUUAGGUCGCAGAUUAGGACUUUUGCUACUAGGAGAGGAAUCAGAAUGUGCCAGAAAGUUUGCUGAUGCUAUUCAUAAAAAUUUUAUUGCUAUUAGGGAUACAUACUUUGGCUUACCAAUUUGGAAGUUUUUUACAACACCAGCAUACAAAAGACUUGCUCAAAGUGAAGAUACAAUUUAUAAGCUGGCUUUAGAAUUAAUUCACACUGCAGAUGAAGCUACACACGAAAGUGCCAUUUUUCAGUCGGUUCUCAAGGCUGAUAUUGAUGAGAAAGAAAAAACUGCUGCAAUUGUAGAUUUCAUAGCAGCUGGUAUUCACACACUCAAAAACAGUCUGGUGUUCCUCCUGUAUUUAGUAGCAAAACAUCCUUCUGCUCAACAAAAAAUCUUGGAAGAUUCAUCUAAAGGAUAUUUGAAGGCAUGUGUUACAGAAGCUUUUCGUGUCCUUCCAACAGCCAAUUGCUUGGCUCGAGUAAUUGAGGAUGAUUUGGAAUUAUCUGGUUAUAAAGUUCGCGCAGGUAGCGUUUUGAUAUGUCAAACAGGAAUUGCUUGCAAAAACGAAAAAUAUUUCAGCCACGCAACAGAGUUUAGACCCGAGAGAUGGCUGAAUCAAGAAAAAUCACUAACUACAAGCAAUUCCACAUUUCUUAUGACUCCAUUUGGAGUCGGCCGAAGGAUAUGUCCUGGAAAAAGGUUUAUCGAGCAUGUGCUUCCUAUUAUCUUAGAAAACGUUGUUAAGAAUUUUGAAAUCGAAGUAGUCAGGCCUAUGGAGCUGCAAUUUGAGUUUUUGUUAGCUCCAAAAAGUCCCACGGCUAUGAUUUUUAGAGAUAGAGAUAGAAGUUAGUUUAUGUUAAAUUACUGUUGAUGUAAGCAACGUACGUUUUGUUCAUUUUUUAAUGUUUGCAAAAAGUAAGUUUAUUUUUAUAUAUUUUAUCUCGAAUUUAUGCGUUAAUAAUCAUUAUGCCAAGUUGGAGCUAUUGAGCAAAAAAUAUAUUUAAUGAUCACAAGGAAUACAUUAAAAAAACGAUUCAAAAUAAUAUUACAACCAAAAAGUAUUUGGGAGGAUGUGCGCUAUAAAAUCUAUAGUUCCUGUGAUCUUUUCAUCGUACCCAUCUAGUAAUUAUUCCUUUUUCUUUCCUUUUCCUUUUAGCAUCAUAACCAUGGAUGGGUCUUUGCCUGUCUGGUUACGUCUUUCCAUUUAGAUCUAUCUUAUGGCCUUCUGCUCCAUUGUCUUAUAUUCUGUAACGUUGUCGUUGUAUUUGAUGCUCCAGGUAACAAAAUUCAGCCGAAGACAAAGGUUCUCUUUUUAAAACAUUUAUUUAGAAUUAAAACAUACAAAUAAUAAGAUAAUUAGCCUUAAUGACUACUCGUUAAUUUCGUUAAUAAAAUAUAUUUAUAACCUACGUAUCGAAUAUUAGGUUCGGGUCAAUGUGACGAUAUCUGGUACAUAAAUGGUACUACCGACGAUCGCGUGGAUUACGAACUACAUUUAUUAAUAUGAAACGGACAUAUAAGGAUAGGAUAUCUCGCUCAGCUCGCCAGAGGAAAAAACAUGUAGGGAAAUACGAUCACCGCUCGUAUAAGGAUAAGUAAAAGGAAAAACCGUUAGGAUUCGUUCAACGCACCAAAACGACGGGGAAAAUGGUCGGGAUAACUCACCUCUUAUACCUCGUUGUUGUUUAUUAUUCUUCGAUCAACGCUCCAAGAAUAAUAAUCAACUAGGCUUUUCGUUUCGACUUUUAUAUCGUCCGAGACGGUACAAAAACACGUUUUACUUAAUUCAUUGGCGUACUCUAGACUAUAAAAUUAUAUUAUCGUCACAAUUCCUAGUUUUGAGGUCGUCUUCCACGUCAUACAACCAUUUCGUUCUGGAGCUUCCUUUUUCGUCUUCCAUUGCAAUAUUUUUUUUGCUGUUUUUGCAUCUUCAUUCAAUUCAUUAAUCUCGUCGUUUCUUCUGAUUCCCUAUGUGCCAUCUUCCUCUUGUGCCGGGCCAUAUACUUUUCUCAGUAUCUCUCUCUUUCUCUCCCUCCCUCUCUCGAAUGUGUUGAGUUGGGCUUCAUCUUUUUUUGUCGUUACCCAGGUUUAUUAUUUAUUUUACCUUUUAUUAUUGCUAGAUUUUCCCAAAUUUCCAUAGAUUCUAAUAAGGAUAGCUUAAGGCCUUCUUAGCUUAUGCCUUAGGAAUGCUUAGAAGGUAAAGUGUGUAUGUAGAUUUUUUUAUUAUUGAAAGCCCUUUUGCGUUGUGAUAUACGUUUGUUAAAGGAUCUACCAAUUCGACCGAUGUAAGUUAAUUGGUUCUCACACCUUCAGCAUUAAAUAUAUUUUAUAUAAAUGUACCUAAUUUUAAUAUUAUUAUUGUUUAUAAAAUAAUUUAUUUUUUAAAUUAUGGCAACUUACUUUUGCAACUGAUGAAUUCGACUUUGAUUGGAACUAGGCCAUUUUAUGUAUGUACUAUGGUGAUUACAAUCUGACUGUAAUAAUUUUUAUUAUACAGGGUGUUAGUAAAUAAGUAUGAAAAAUUUUAAGGUCUAAUUCUACAUGAAAAAAUAAUGCCGGUUUGCUCUAUAAACAUAUGUACGCAAAUGCUUCGUUUGCGAGAUACGGGGUGUUGAAAUUUUUAUUUCAAACUGCCAAUUUAUUUAUUGCUCUAAAACCAGUUGAGGUAUGAAAAUAAAAUUUGGUGUGUUUUAGGAGGUAGCUAUUGCGCAUUUUUUGACAUAAAAUUAAGAAUUUUGUAUUCAUCAUUGGCGCGCAUACGGGUAAUAGUCUGAAUUUUUUUAAAGAAAAAUAUAGUACGCCACUGGGAUAUUUCAAAUUAAAAAUUAUUUUUAAAUUCCACGCUUACUUUUUCAUAAGAAACUUUUCUUGCCUUUGUUUCAUAUAAUGCACCGUUUCUAUGCAGAAAAAUAAAACAUCUUGGCGCGUAUUUUUCAUUUCUUAAUACAUCAUCAAGAACUAUCCAAUAUAAUAAUACUAAACUACAACAAUAACAGAAAAUAUUACUAAUAAGAUUUCAACUAGCUGCAAAAAAUGUUUAAAAUGAUCUUCUUUACAGGUAACAGAAGAAUUUUAUAUUCAUCAUUGACGCGCGUACGGGCAAUGGUCUGAAUUUUUUGAAGAAAAAAAUAGUACGCCACUGAGAUAUGUCAAACUAAAAAUUAUUUUUUAAUUCCUCGCUCAAUUUACGACAAAAAAUAUUUCUUACCUUUUUUUCAUACGAGGCACCGUUUUUAUACAAAGAAAUAAAACAUCUUAACACUUACAAAGUAUUUGAGGUAGUUUCCAUAUGCAUAGAAACUUGUUCAAAUACUUUGUAAACGUUAAGAUGUUUUAUUUUUUUACAUAAAAACGGCGCCGCAUAUGAAAAAAGGCAAGAAAGAUUUUUUUGUCGUAAAUUGGACCAGCAAUUCAAAAAUGAUUUUUAAUUUGACAUAUAUCAGUGGCUUAUUAUUUUUCUCUUAAAAAAAUUCAGACCAUUACCCGUAUGCGCCCCAAUGAUGAAUAUAAAAUUCUUCUAUAACCUCUAAAGGAGAACAUUUGUUGUAGCUCUGCACCUAGUUAAAAUCUUAUUAGUAAUAUUUUCUGUUAUUGUUCCAGUUUAGUAUUAUUAUUGGAUAUUUCUUGAUAAUUCAAAAAAUAUUCUUGAUUAUUCUUGAGUAUUCAAAAAAUGAAAAAUACGCGUCAAUAUGUUUUAUUUUUCUGCAUCAAAAAGGUGCACCAUAUGCAAAAAAGGCAAGAAAGGUUUUGAAUCGUAAAUUAGACGUAUAAUUUAAAAAUAAUUUUUAAUUCGAAAUAUCUCAGUGGCGUACUAUUUUUUCUAUAAAAAAAUUCAGACCAUUACCCGUAGGCGCGCCAAUGAUGAAUACAAAAUACUUCGUUGUAUGUCAAAAAAUGCGUAAUAACUGUCUCCUAAAACUCACCAAAUUUCAUUUUCAUAGCUCAACUGGUCUUAGAGCAAUAAAUAAAUUGGCAGUUUGAAAUAAAAAUUUCAACACCCCGUAUCUCGGAAACUAAGCAUUUGCGGACAUAUGUUUAUAAAGCAAACCUGCAUUAAUUUUGCAUGUAGAAUUAGCCCUUAAAAUUUUUCAUACUUAUUUACUAACACCCUGUAUAAAGGUUCUACAAAAUUCAUUAUAAACAAAUAUUUCAUAAAAAAAAUAAUUUAAGAAGAAUUCAAAAUUUUUUUACUACAAUUUGUAUUUUAUCCUUUAUGUUUUGUUGUCAACAAUGUGUUAUGCAUACUUUUAAUGUAAUUUUUUAUAGUAGUAAAAUAAUACACAUCUCCAAGAAAUUAACGCACCACCUUAAAAAUAGGUCAUUUUUAAUGUCUCGAAUUUCCUAAACCAGUUGUCCGAUUUAAGUGAUCUUUUAAUAUGUUAUAGCCUUAUUCCUUAACAAUAUGGCUGUAAUAAUAUUGUUGCUAGACAGGUAAAUUGUUAUUGUAUAUCGAGUGUACUAAUCAAACUCUGUUUUUUUCUCAAAAUUCGCAUCACCCUGUAAAAUAUUCUAGCAUUUUUAAAAUACUAAAAUUAAAACCCAGCUAUAGCUUCAGGUUUUCUUAACAUUCUAUUUUUGAUUCAUUCGCUUAUGUUGGAUAAUAAAAAGUUAGGUACUUUAACAACUAGCCAUGUUCUUCAUCAAUACAGGGUGUUUCUAAAUAAGUGCGACAAACGUUAAGGGGUAAUUCUGCAUGAAAAAAAUAAUGAAAGUUUGCUUUAUAAACGUAUAUCCGCAAAUUCUUCGUUUUCGAGAUUGGAGAUGUUGAACUUUUUCUUACAAACUGACGAUUUAUUUAUUGCUCUAAAACCGGUUGAGAUAUGCAAAUGAAAUUUGGUGUGUUUUAAGAGGUAGUUAUUGUGCAUUUUUUGACAUACAAUUAGGAAUUUUAUGUUCACCAUUGGCGCACAUAAGGGUCAUAUUACCCGUAUGCGCACCAAUGGUUAAUAUUAAAUUCCUAAUUUUAUAUAAAAAAUGCGCAAUAACUACCUCUUAUAACCCAUCAAAUUUUUUUUGCAUAUCUUAACCGGUUUUAGAGUAAUAAAUAAAUCCUCAGUUUGUAAGAAAGAUUUCAACACCCCCUUUCUCGGAAAAGAAGCAUUUGUGGAAAUACGUUUAUAAAGCAAACUGUCAUUAUUUUGGCAUGCAGAAUUACCCUUUAAAGUUUGCCAUACUUAUUUAAAAACACCCUGUAUUGACGAAAAACAGGGCUAGUUGUUAAAGUACCUAACUUUUUUUAUUAUCAAACAUAAGCAAAUGAAUCCAAAACCAGAAUGUAGAGAAAACCUAAGGCUAUAGUUGGGUUUUAAUUUCAGUAUUUUGUAAAUGCUAAAAAUCACAGUUUGAUUGGUACACCUAGUAUACAAUGACAAUUUACCUGUUUAGCAACAAUAUUAUUAUAGGGAUAUUGUUAAAGAAAAGGGCUAUAACAUAUUAAAAAAAUCACUUAAAUCGGACAAUAGGUUUAAGAGAUUAAGGUGCUGCGUUAAUUUCUUGGAGAAGUGUAUUUUACAUAUUUUAAAUGUAAUAUCUCAAAUGUAAUUAUACGCUUGAUUUUAUUAUGGUCUUUUUUAGGUCUUAAGUCAAUUCUGUAUACCUAAAAAAUAUAUUGAAUUUUGUAAAACACUUAUUGUGAUAGUAGUGAAAUAUUUGUAGAGUACAAAAUCGAGCUUCAAUAUAUUGGGUUCUAUUGUAGGCUGUGUAUAGUCAGAAUGUAGUAUUCGUACAAAUUAUAUUAUAGUUAGCACACUGUACAUAAUUUUUAUUAAAAAUAUUAAAUGUUCUUUAUAUAA